AUGGCUUCCAAUACUAGGGGCCUCUUCUCCCUGAUUAUUAUCAACAAAGCUGGUGGUCUUAUCUACCAGCGCGAAUUCCAGGCUGGCCUGCGCAACCUCUCGACAAAUGACUACCUCGUCCUCGCCGGCACUUUUCACGGUGUUCAUGCAAUUACACGCUCGAUCACGCCGAAAAUCCCCAUCUCCCAACCAGCUCCCUCCCCCGCUAUCUCUUCAACGGGCACGGCGACUCCCGCGACGUCCGGUUACUCCUACCCAAACCCCGGUGUACCAGUCUCCGGCCUGGAUUACCUCGAGACGGACAAGUUUCGAUUGACCUGUUUCCAGACCCUGACGGGCACAAAAUUCUUGUUAUUCACGGAUCCCUUGACCGGCAGCGUGGACACAAUCAUCCAGAAAAUCUACGAGCUCUAUGCGGACUAUGUGAUGAAGAAUCCAUUUUAUCAGAUUGAGAUGCCGGUGCGAUGCGAAGCAUUCGAUCGGCAUCUAGGGGCGUGGUUGAGGGGAAGAGCCUAA